UUACCAUAACAACAAUUUUAUUUUAUCAGGACACCGAAAUGUAAAGGCAUUCAUAACGCAAGGAGGUUUUCAAUCCAUGGAAGAAGCAAUUUAUAAUAGAGUGCCUUUAAUUGGCAUGCCAUUCUUCUUCGAUCAAGAAAUGAACGUCAAUCUAAUGGUGCAUCACGGCAUCGGGGUCAAGGUCGACUUGCACAAGGUCACCAAAAGCGACUUGAAGGCGAAAAUUUUUGAUGUAGUCAGGAAUAAGAAGUACCACAGAAAGAUUUCAGAAGUAAGAGAUUUCAUACUAGACCAACCGAUGACGGGUCUCGAAAAGGCAGUUUGGUGGACGGAAUACGUUAUAAGACACAAAGGUGCAAAGUACUUCAGGAGUCCAUUGCUCGACACCCCCUCGUAUCAGUAUUUCCUGAUGGACAUCAUAGUUUUCGUAGGAUUGGCACUCUUCCUAAUUUUGGGAAUUUUCUUAUCUCUGUUCGUGCUUUUGAAGCCGGCUCUGUUACAAGUGAUAAAGUAUCUGUUUCUGGGCGACGAAAAGAAACUAAAGGCUAUGUGAAAAAUGGUCCCAGAAAAACAGUCUCGUCUAACUCUUUUGUAAUUAUUUGCUGUAAUUUAAGACGCAGUGGUGUAUCGGUACAAUAGAAUAUGUUCACCGUGAUUUAGGAUAGUGAUGGAGUCGAAUAUGUGCUAGUUGAUGCUUCUAAAACAAUUAUUGUUUCCGAUGUUGACGUUUUGUUGGCUAUUUUUUACUUUUAUUAACCUGAUAUUGGUGACGUGUGUUUGUUUAAAGGGUGAUUGUUAGUUUGUCAUAUUUCAAAAUAAUUGACCCUUCUACGAGUUUAUCUUGUGGGACCUCACCCACACCAUAUUUAUUGUUGCCCUAUAAAGUAUAAGUGUCUCAUACAAUAGAUACUUUUAAUUAUGCCGAAUGAAAUGUUGGAAGAAAACGAUUACUUGUACAAUAACUUCCAAUUUUUUUGCGAAUAUGUGAUAUGUGUUGUUGAAAGUUGAUUAACUUAUUGAUUAUAGUUUAAUUUUAAUCUUUUUACCACUACCUGUUCUCCUGUCCCUUAAUUUAUAAUGCACUGUUUUUUAAUUGUUCUAAGUAAGUAAGUACCUGAAAAAUUCAAACUUGUGUAAACAAAAUCUGCGGUUGUCUAAUAAAUUGAUACAAA